UUUUGUCUAAUGGAACCUAAAAAGUAUUCCCUUUCGAUUAGGAGAGAUGGCUGAGUGGACUAAAGCGUUGGAUUGCUAAUCCAUUGUACGAGUAAUCGUACCGAGGGUUCGAAUCCCUCUCUUUCCCUUCCCCUUUUUGAUGAUGUGAAAUAGAUAAAAUCCUAAUAAAAUUCGCACAUUUCCACUAUUUAAAUAUUAAAUAAAGUAAUAAAAAACCUUUCUUUUUUAUUCUUCACGUCCCGGAUUACGUCCUGGAUCAUUAGAUAGGAAUCCAAAUAUGAAGAGAGAAACAAAGAAUAUAACUACAGUGUAUACAAAAAGUUUGAGAGUAAGCAUUACACAAUCUCCAAGAUCUUACUUUUUUUUAAAAAAAAAAAAAAGAGAAUAGAUUCUCUAUUUUUAUACUAAAUAUCUAGAUACUUUUUUGUGAGUGAACUCGAAUCUAAUUAAGUUCUUUCAUUUAGAGAAAAGAGGAUAAAACUGAGGAAAUCAAAUGAUCCAGAUUUAGUAUGGCUACCAAAAAAAUUCAAUGUUUGAAUUGAGAGUUCCUUCCUACGUCAAGAUUUUUUGAUCUUUUGAUUUGAAUUGUUGGAAGAAUCAAAAUCGUGAAUUUUUCUAAGACAGUAUUAAUAAUUUCAUCGAAAACUUACAGCUGCUUGCCAAACAAAGGCUAAGAGAAGAAAGAAAAGAGGUAUUACGGGCAUAACAUCUACGAUUGGAUUCAAAAAGGCGUAGGCCUCCGGCAAUUUGGCGACUAAAAAAGUGCUUGAAAAAAGGGCCGAAUUAAAACAAAUACAGAUCAAAUUAAAUAUAUUAAGCAUAACAAAAAUUGGUGUUCUUGUGGAUAAUUUAAUUUUGAUUGAGUUAUUAAUAUAUUUUUUAUAUAAGGAAAAAAAUAAAUAAAUAAAGAAAGAUAGUCUAAAAAGACUUUGUUGAACUUACUCAAUCAAAAAUCCUUUCAUUCUCUUAUGAGAAUGAAAGAAAUAAUAUUUUCAUACAAUAUCUUAAUUGAAUUCUAUGUAAUGAUCAAUAAAGUAAGUUUGAUUUGCUAUCUACACGUGUCAAAACUAUAGCACCAAUGUAAUCUAUAUUUCAUUUGGGCUGAAAUUGAAUUGACGAACAACCAAUAGCAAUAUUACUCUUUUAGUAGUCUUGAAUAAAAAUAAAAAUGGGGCGUAGCCAAGCGGUAAGGCAACGGGUUUUGGUCCCGCUAUUCGGAGGUUCGAAUCCUUCCGUCCCAGAGUCCAGUCAUUACGAAAUAAAUCUUCUAUUGCCUUUGUACACCAUCUUUUUCUUUCUGUUUAAAAAAACAAUAUUUUUUAAGAAUAAAAUAUUGAAAUGAAAAGAAGAAUAAACUUCUUUUUCACCCGAAAUUACAAAAAAUCUAUUUGCUUUUUUAGUUGUGUGUGAUGUAGGUAAGUAAGGUAGAACCGUAGAUUCUACGAGUUUUAAUAAAAAAAAAUAUAUUUAUAUAUAUAUUUAUAUAUAUAAAUAUAGAUUUCUAUUCAAAUUUCGAUUUUACAUAUUUUUACAUAUAUAGAAUUUAAUGUGGAAUUCAUUUGAAUUCUGACUGAACCUUUUACGCGUAGAUUCACUAUUCCAUUCAUAGAGAAAGAAAAAGUAUAGAUUACGAUAUACUGACUGAACUAUGACUAUUCAUGAUUCCAUAAUUGAAUCAAUUACACAAACUAAAGGAAUGUUAUGGUAAAACUUCGUUUAAAACGAUGUGGUAGAAAGCAACGUGCGACUUGAAUUGAAGGACAUGAUCUGCUGUGGAUGUUUUGAUCCGCCACCUUUUAUAUUAGGAAUAUAGGUGCUCUUGGCUCGACAUUUUGUGUUCUAUUUUACGAGAGUCCUACACCUUUUUGAAUAUAAAAAAGAGUACAGGAUGGAGCUCGAGGAGAAUAGAAAGUUUUUAUUCCUUUCGCAGGAGUAAGGAUCUAGGGUUAGUGCGAAUCAAUAAGUUGGAACAACUUCGUAAGUCUUUUUAUUUUUAUAUUGAAAAAAAGCCCUUUCAAGUAAUUUUACAAUGGAAAAGGAAAUUUUCGUAAAAGUGUAAAAUUCUUUGAAUUAAAAGUCUAUCAUGCGUGAAUCAAGCGUUUGUAUGAUUCUUUGAUAGAAAGAAAAGAAAUCAUAAACAAAAUAAGGGGCUUGUUGCUGCCCUUUUUAAUAAAACGAUCAAGAUCACCGAAGUAAUGUCUAAACCCAAAGAUUCAAAGUAAGGAUAAAGAAUCCUGAAACAAGGAAAUCCCUUUUUCAAUUGUUUGAACAACUAGAUCAGAAUGAAGAAUCAAAAUUGAUUCGAAAAAAUGAGACAAACAAAAAAAGGUUAGAGACUACUCAAUAAAAAGAGUACUUAAGGAGUCUCUGGUGAGAUAUUUGAGAGUUAUUUAACUUGAGUUACGAGAGUACGAAUGUUACGAACGCUUUUUAUGAAAAAAAAUAGUUAGGGUUUCAAUACUGGCUAAUUAAUUUAAUGUUUGAAUUUUAUAAAGAGAGUUAACUUAUACUCAUUGCAUUUUUUUCUCGAGCCGUAUGAGGCCAAAGCCUCGUAUACGUUUCUCGGGGGGGGGUAUUAUUCAUAUACAUCUAUCCCAAUGAGCCAUUUAUCGAAUCGUUGCAAUUGAUGUUCGAUCCCGAAGAGAAGGAAGAGAUCUUCGGAAGGUGGGGUUUUAUGAUCCGAUAACUAAUCAAACUUAUUUAAAUCUUCCUGCUAUUCUCGAUUUCCUUAAAAAGGGCGCUCAACCAACAAGAACAGUUCAUGAUAUUUCAAAGAAGGCAGGGAUUUUUACGGAAUUAAGUCUUAAUAAAACGAAAUUGAAUUAAUGAACUAUAAAAAAGAGGAUGUUAAAGACUCAUAUAUAGCUUGGUAUAAAAUUUGAUCUACUCUUUUCUUUCCUCCUCUUUCGUUUCCAUCAUAUUUAUUUUGAUUUAUUAGAAUUUCCAUUUAUUAUUAGUAUUCUUCCUAAAGGUAUGAAAACUAACAAAUAUCCUGCUAAAAACUACCAUGUUUUAUAAUAAAAAACAAAUUUAUUAAAAAAUUUUGGAUUUAUAGAAAUUCUAAAUUUUGUAUAAAUACAAAAUUUUAUUGUAUAGAAUUAUUGUAUAGAAAAUAUAUAAAAUCAUACUGUAUAAUAAAUAAUAUAUUAAUAUAUAUAGAAAUAGAAAGAUUUGAGAUUAUCCUAUUCGGCUUAGUUUUCAUUCCUUGUAUGAACUCACAAACCAGGGGGUUAAACUUUUUUAUUUUUUCUAUUCUUUUCGCUAUAUUAAAAAUUUACAAUCAUAUUGACAACAGUGUAUGGACCAAAUAUAAUUCUCUCAUAGAGAAAUAGAUCUAUUUCUCCCUGACGCACACAUGACUGGAUUUUUCUUUUUUUCUUUAUUCUGGUUGUAUCUACAUAUUUGCAGUACUUGCUUUUUUUUGUGGGGGGGGUUGCUAACUCAACGGUAGAGUACUCGGCUUUUAAGUGCGACUAGCAUCUUUUACACAUUUGUAUGAAGAAAAGGAUUCGUCCAGAUCCGCGGUAGAGUUUGUAAGACCACGACUGAUCCUGAAAGGAAUGAACGGAAAAAAUAGCAUGUCGUAUCAAGGGAGAAUUCAGAUAACAUUUUUUUUUAUUUUCGACAAGAUUGUACCGAUUAGAAAAUAAAAAAAAAAAGAAGAAUUCCAAUUUGGGUCGAGUGAAUAAAUAUAAAUGGAUGGAUAAAAAACCAGUUUUCCUUAUUCUAAGAAAAAAAAAAGAAACGAGCUUCCAUUCGUAAUUUGAAAAAUUACCCGAUCUAAUUAAAUGUUAAAAAUAGAUUAGUACCUAAUACGGGUAUGGGAAGGAAUUUUUUUCUUGCGUGUUAUUAUCAUUUUUUCGUGAGUCCUAAUUAUUUUUUACCUAGUCCGUUUGGGUUAGGUUGUAGAUGGAUGUGUAAAAGAAGCAGUAUAUUGAUAAAAAAAUAUAUAUAUAUAUAUUUCCAAAAUCAAAAGAGCGAUUAGGUUAAAAAAAUAAAGGAUUUCUAAUCAUCUUGUUUUGUUAUUUUAUAAUAUAACGAACAGAAACCUCUUAAAGAUAGAGAAUCCAGUUAGCAGUCUACCUGUUUAUGAGGUAUUUAGUGCUUUCGUAAUCUAAUACCUUAUUUUGACUGUAUCGCACUAUGUGUCAUUUCAGAACUCAAGAAAAUAAAGACUUUACUUUUAGUUCAAAUCGAAUUUUAAUCCAAAUGGAGAAAUUUCAAGGAUAUUUAGAGUUCGAUGGGGCUCGUCAACAGAGUUUUCUAUAUCCACUUUUUUUCGGGACUAUAUUUAUGUACUUGCUUAUGAUCACGGUUUAAAUAGAUUAAAUAGAAACCGCCCUAUUUUCUUGGAAAAUGCGGAUUAUGACAAAAAAUAUAGUUCACUAAUUGUGAAACGCUUAAUUUUGCGAAUGUACGAACAGAAUCGUUUGAUUAUUCCCACUAAGGAUUUGAACAAAAAUCUGGGGCAUACCAAUAAUUUCUAUUAUCAAAUGAUAUCUGUUUUAUUUGCAGUGAUUGUAGAAAUUCCAUUUUCCCUAAGGUUGGGAUCCUCUAUCGAAGGAAAAAAUGUAAAAAAAUCUUACAAUUUACAAUCACUUCAUUCAAUAUUUCCCUUUUUAGAAGACAAACUCUCACAUUUUAAUUAUGUAUUAGAUGUACUAAUACCUUACCCCAUCCAUCUAGAAAUCUUGGUUCAAACCCUACGUUACCGGGUAAAAGAUGCCUCUUCUUUGCAUUUUUUCGGUUCUGUCUAUACGAGUAUUGCAAUUGGAAGAAUUUUGAUAGUAAAAAAAAAUCAAUUUUGAAUCCAAGAUUUUUAUUGUUCUUAUAUAAUUCUCAUGUAUGUGAAUACGAAUCCAUCUUUUUUUUUCUACGCAAGCAGUCUUCUCAUUUACGAUCGACAUCUUAUGACGUCUUUUUUGAGCGAAUUUUAUUCUAUGGAAAAAUACAACAUUUUUUAAAAGUCUUUGUUAAUAAUUUUUCGGCGCUCUUAGGGU